GAUAGGACGAGCUGGGUUGCGUGCUCGGGAAAAAGCAAGCUGGAUCGCCAGCUCUACUCUCUACUCCCCACCGAGGCCUUCUUAUUCUAGAAAGAGGAGGAGAGCAAACGACGAAAUCCCUUUCGAGUGUGGCCCACGUUGCCGCCUAAUCCCAACUACCUGUUCGCUCCUCCUCCCUCCUUCCCUUUCCGCCGCUACGAAUCCCUAACCCUAAUUCCCCCGCCGUCAUGAUCGGCGCCGCCUCCUUCUCCGCCGCCGCCGCCCUCGGCCCGCUCCCUCGCCGCCGCAGCCGCCACCAAGCCCCCGCCGCCGCCGCCGCCGCGGUGGGGCGGCGCUCCGGGAAUCGGGCGGUCGCCGGGGUCUCGGCCGCGCCUGGCGCGGAAGCGCCUCUUUACGUGCCCACGCCGAGGGAUCGGGAGCUUCGAACACCCCACAGCGGGUAUCAUUUUGAUGGGACUGUUCGGCCCUUUUUCGAGGGGUGGUACUUCAAAGUCUCGAUCCCUCAGUGCAGGCAGAGCUUCUGCUUCAUGUAUUCGGUGGAGAAUCCUGCAUUCCCCAACGGGAUGGGAGUACUCGAUAGGAUGUUACAUGGGCAUCGAUUUACUGGGGUGGGAGCUCAAAUUCUCGGGCCUGAUGAUAAGUAUAUCUGUCAGUUCACAGAGGAGUCUAAGAACUUCUGGGGAAGUAGGCAUGAACUAAUGGUGGGCAACACCUUCUUACCUGUGAGAGAUUCCAGUCCUCCAACUUCGGAAGUUCCUCCUCAGGAAUUUCGUGAACGUGUUUUAGAAGGUUUCCAAGUUACCCCAUUAUGGCAUCAGGGCUUCAUUCGGGAUGAUGGGAGGUCAAAUUAUGUGCAGACUGUGAAAACUGCACGCUGGGAAUACAGCACGCGUCCUGUAUAUGGAUGGGGUGAUGUUAAGUCGAAGCAGAAGUCAACAGCAGGUUGGCUUGCAGCUUUUCCUAUAUUUGAACCUCACUGGCAAAUUUGCAUGGCAGAUGGAUUGUCAACAGGGUGGAUAGAAUGGGAUGGAGAACGGUUUGAAUUCGAAGAUGCUCCUUCCUAUUCAGAAAAGAAUUGGGGCGGAGGCUUUCCUCGAAAAUGGUUUUGGAUUCAGUGCAAUGUUUUUGAAGGUGCAUCAGGGGAAGUUGCCCUAACUGUGGGCGGUGGCUUAAGGAAACUAUCUGGAUUGGCUGAUAACUAUGAAAAUGCCGCUUUGAUUGGAGUUCAUCACAAGGGGAUUUUCUACGAAUUCGUGCCAUGGAAUGGGACUGUAAGCUGGAAAAUUGCUCUAUGGGGUCACUGGCAGUUGUCUGGAGAGAAUGAGACACACGUGGUGGAAGUAGAGGCCACCGCAAAAGAACCUGGCACUCCGCUGCGAGCUCCAACUACGGAAGCUGGGCUUGUGACGGCAUGCAAAGAUACUUGCUUUGGAGACCUCAGGCUACAAAUAUGGGAGAGAAGAAAUGAUGGUAGUAAGGGAAAGCUGAUACUUGAUGCGACUAGCAAUAUGGCGGCGCUAGAAGUCGGCGGGGGGCCCUGGUUCUCGCAAUGGGACGGAAAGACGCAGCCGCCUGAGAUUAUCAGCAGCGCUCUUCGCGUUCCGGUUGAUGUGGAAAGCUUCUUCCCCAUUUCGAUUUUCAAGCCUCCUGGUCUUUAGAAAAUCAUGCCCAGGUACUCCAAUCUCUUUUAACUGCUUCGCCAUAUCUAUGACAAAAACAGUAUAUCCAAAUCUGUUGGAAUUGUUGAGAGUACUCAUUUAUUAUGUCUGAUUAAAAAAAAAUAGCAAUGAAAAAAUAUUUUAUUUCCUUUCUAAGGAACUAUAUUGUGUAUAUAUUGGACUACUUUAAGCCGGAUAUACCUAAUUUGUAUAGUUCUAUUAUAGAAUACGAGGAAGUAUGUUUUUAUAUA